AUGGCGCCCCUUCAAGUGCGCGAUCCUGCCACGUGCACGGACCUGAGCGAGUUCCGCACGCAUCAUAUCGACCUGCAGCUCGAUGUCGAGAUGAACAAGAAGCGCAUUGCUGGGACGGUCAAGCUAUCGGUCCAGCGCCUGAGCGAUACAGCAUCGACGUUGCGUCUGGACGUGUUUCAUCUGACCAUCUACUCGGUAUGCGCCCUGCUGCCCGGAGGCAACAGCUCAAUUGAGGCCAAAUGGAGCAUCAAACCCUUCACGUCAUUUGGCAAAGCGCUCGAGGUCGAGAUCCCCGAAGAGAUGACGCGAGCUCGUGCUAUCGAACUCACGAUCCGCUACGAGACGGAGGUGGAGAGUCCUGGUGUGUGCUGGCUCGACAAGGAGCAGACGGCCGGGAAACAGCUGCCGUUCAUGUACACACAGGGCCAAGAAGUGCUGAACCGCAGCUUCUUUCCGUGUCAGGACUCGCCGUCCGUGCGUGUCACGUACACCGCAUCAGUGGUCGUGCCCCAAGAGUUAGUGUGUGUCAUGAGUGCCAAGCUGUGCAGUGUGGAGGAGUACGUACCCGAAAAUGGACGAAAGGAUGUGGCAUCUACGAAAAAGAAGUUCAUAUUCGAUAUGAAGCAAUCGAUUCCAGUGUAUCUAGUCGCGAUGGCCGUGGGAGACUUGGUCGAAGCGAAAGUUGGUCCGCGGUCAAGCAUUUGGACUGAGCCAUGUAUGAUUGAAGCGGCCACAAAGGAGUUUGACAAUGUGCUAGAAGAGUACUUGACCAUUGGGGAACGACUCUUUGGGAAGUAUCUGUGGGAACGCUACGACAUGUUAGUCAUGCCGCCGUCGUUUCCAUACGGAGGGAUGGAGAACCCGCGCCUUACGUUUGUGUCACCAUGCACGAUUGCGGGUGACAAGUCGCUCGUAUCGAUCGUGGCGCACGAGCUUUCCCACUCAUGGUUUGGUAAUUUGGUGACAAACGCAACGUGGAGCGACUUCUUCCUCAAUGAAGGUUUCACGAUGUAUGCGGAGCGACGCAUCACUGAGGUGUCGCACGGUCGAGCAUUGAGCCGCCUUGACGCCAAACUCGGAGAAGCAUUGUUGCGUGAGGAGAUAUCGUCGUUUGGGGAGCAAUCUUCUCUAACGCGAUUGCGAGUACCUCUCGACGAAGGAAUUGACCCCGGUGACUGCUAUAACAUGUGUGCCUAUGAAAAGGGCUACGCGUUUGUGUGUUACCUUCGAAGUCUUGUCGGGUCCGACCAGGUGUUCGAUGACUUUCUGAAACGGUACUGUGCCGAGUAUCGCUUCCAGUCAAUUCCAGCAGAAACGAUGAUUGCGUUCUUUUUGGAAAGCUUCCCAGAGCUUGCAAACGCUUCGAAGACCGACCUGAAAGAUGGCAUCUCGUUCAAUACGUGGCUAAACGAACCAGGUUAUCCGCAAUUCGUGCCGGACUACUCCGACGCGCAAGAAAUCAUGCAGAGCUGCGAGUCGUUGGCGUCACACUGGCGGUCAUCACCUACGCCAGUGCAGCCAAGUACUCUCAGCUUGACGGAAGAGGCCAAAAAGUGGGAGGCUCGCCCGAUGCUCUAUUUCCUAGACUGCUUCCUCGAAACGAAGUUCUCGAGUGCUGAAGUGGUGAUUGUCCUAGGUGACACACUUUCGUUAUGGGAGUCGCGUAACUCGGAGAUUCUUUUCCGAUGGACACUUAUCCUGAUCAAAAAUGUCGUCAUCAACAAGCUGUCGAUUGUCCGCCGGUUCCUUGAGAUGCAAGGCAAGCAGAAGUUCCAGCUGCCAGUCUACCGCCUGCUUACCUCAAGUUCCAACGACGAAGUGCGCGAGUUUGGUCGUGAUACCUACGCAGCUACGAAAAGCUCGCUACAUGUCAUGGUCCGUGAUCGCGUCGAGCUGCUGCUCGAGUCGAUGCCCAAGUAA